CUUCCGUAGGACGGUCCCCUUCCGUCCCCCGCCUCCGUCGCCUCGCAGCAUGGAGCCUCACUCCAACUUUCUUUAGCGUGGUUUCUCCUGUGGGACUCCCGGUGUUCGCCUGGAGCCUGUGACUCGUCUGGUGACAGUCAUGUUGACCUCCACCGGCUCCCGGGGCCUCUAUAAGGCUCCUGUGUGUAAAGGCCUCCUCCUGGUUCUGGGCGGUAUGACCGUGAUGCUCACCCUGCUGCCUCAGUACCAACACCUGUUUGUGUACAACCUGCAGCACCAGGUGUGGAGGUUGUUGUGCGGCAGGGUGGUCUGUCUGGACCUGAAGGACUCCUUUUGUAGCAGUCUGCUCAUCUACAACUUCAGGAUCUUUGAGAGGAGGUUCGGCACCAGGAAGUUUGCUUCCUUCCUGUUGGGCACUUGGUGUCUGUCUGUGCUGAUGGACUUCCUGUUAGCUCAGGCUUUCCAGUUUCUAUUUGACUAUGAAGUCGAGGAACUGCCUGCGGGACUGCUCGCUCCCGUCUUCUCUCUGUUCGUGCCUUUCUACCUGUCCAUCCCCAGGAUGCCCGUCACCCAGGUCUUGGGCCACGUACACAUCACCAACAAGUCUCUGGUCUACGUAGUGGGCCUGCAGCUGUUGACAUCCAGUCCCUUCAUGUGGCUCAUUGCUCUCAGUGGACUGAUCUCAGGCGGCCUGUACUACUCCGAUGUUCUGCUGUUACACAGGUUCCUCUUUGUACCCGCCUGGCUGUCUCGCGUUGGACGGGUUCUUGUUGAGCCACUGUUCUCAAGCUCCCAGCCGAGCAGUGAGACGCCUCUCGGGAUGGGAGCCACACUGGACAUCCAGAGGCAGCAGAGGAUGGACCUGCUCGACCAGCAGCUGCUGCUGGCUCAGUACCACGAGGCCAGGAGCAGCACCAGACAGCAGCCGCAGGCUGGCUUGUUGCAGUGGACCAGGUUGUUUCCCUCCCUGAGACUCAGGGGACAGAACAGACCCCCGGUGCAGCCCCGCCCCCAGGCGCACACGCAGCCUCCACAGUUGGAGCCGUCCCCGGUGGCAGAGGAGCAGGUGGUUGUUCCCCUGUUGCACUGUUGGUUGAAAUGGGCUUUUCCAGGAUUGAUGCCCUUGAGGCCCUCAGAGCUUCAAACAACGACAUCAACAUGGCAACCAACUCUCUCUUGCAACACUGAGAGAGAGAGAGCUCAGUGAGAGAAACGAGGUGAAGGCAGGUAGAGAAGCAACCAAAGCACAGAGAAUGAAAGAUGGUGAAUGAUGAAGAAUAUGAGAGAAGACGAACCAGAUGUGUUCAGAUCAUCUGCUGUGCCACUAAGGCAGCGUCCUCCUCCACCUGAACGGAGCCUGACGGAGGCUGGGGAGUGAAGAAGUGCAAAGCACAACGUGGGAGACAUUUGUAUCACCACUCUCUGACGGUCAUCGUAGUGUGAAACAGGCAUCGGGGCAGACCACUCAGAGCUUUCCUCAAACACAUCGGACCACUGACUGAUGCUGAAGCAAACAGAUAAACCCUCCACACGGAUACCAACGUAUAGCAAUGUGAAGAAGUUUUAUAUAACCCGCUGUCAAGUACUGCAAUUAUACUUUAAAAAUGGCUGCUGUGUAACCAGCAGCUCAGACCCUGAUAACUGAUCAGAGAUUAUAAAACGAUACACAGGGUUUUUGACAGAAUGGAUCAGAAAAUAUUUUGUCAUCCUUCAGGUUUUGAACACUGUAUUUAAUUCCAUCAGGAGGUGCAGAGGUGGGGGUUAAAACUUGAGAAUACAUGAACAAUAUAAAAUACUCUUUAUGUUGCAGUGUUUCAUGGAAUUAGCAGGACAAAGCAGUCUGAACAGCGUCUGCAGGAGCCGCUUUUCUUCAGAGCCGACUGCUGUGGCCCGUUCCUCCCCAGGUUCACUGUCGGUAACCGGCAGGAUACGGGUUAGUUGGUCGGCUCAGGGUCUCCGAGGUGACUUCCUGUGGUCGUGACAUAUUCACAUGCACAGUGGCCUGUCGAGGGGGUCACGUUUGUCUCUUAUCAUUUAAUGCUGGCAUCUAUCUAACACACGUACGCACUCCUCAAGGGUUUAUUUAUUCUGUCUCGACUGAGUUUCAGUCUUUUCUCUGCCAGCACACGUCUGAAUCUUAGUAAGUCUUACUAGGCUGAUGAUAUCUAUGAUGCAAUAUCAUGACGAGAAAUGUCUGGAGACUAUGCACUGCAUAGUAAGUACUUUGUGUUUAAUAAUGUGCAAGAGAAGUGAUGCAGCCACUACAGUAUGUAUUGAUGUCAAAAACAGAUGCUAGUUUUAUAUUUUGUGCAUAAUAUUGAUAAUAUAUGACCACUGAGAUGAGUCUGUCAUUAGUGUGUAUGUGUUUUUGAGAGUGAAACAAUAGUUUAUGAGUGUGAUGAGGGAGUUGUUGCAUGGACAACUUUGGGAUGAACUGUAACGAAACAUUUGGUCUGUGGAUUAAAUCAACUUGCUUGACACAUCA